AUGAGUUCGGCGGAACUUGCGGUAGUAACCGCAACGGCAUCACCUCUUCGUCCGAGUCCUCACCAUCAGCAUCGACAACGAAAGUCUUCGGUGAGUCUCAGCAAGACUGAUAUAGUGCUGGAGACACUUCGUGAGGAACAUGUUUCUAAUAGUCAAAAAGAAGCACGAGACUUUAUCGAGAAAACGUUGGGCACUCAAUUAUCCGGAGAUGAUUUACACAAGUCACUUCAGGACGGUGUGAUGUUAUGCAGUUUAAUGAACAAGCUUAAACCAAAUACAAUACCGCAAAUUAGUCGAAAAGAUCUUCCAUUUGUUAAGAUGGAAAAUAUUUCGAAUUUUUUAAGAGCUGCUCGACAGUUUGGGCUGCCUAAUUCUGAUUUGUUUGAGACGGUGGAUUUAUUCGAGGGAAAAGACAUGGAAAGGGUGAAUGGAUCAGUAUUAUCCUCGUCUCCUUCUUCAUUACCCAAAUCACCCGCAAUGCCUCCACCAAUGUGGGAAGCAGCAAGAAAGUUUCGACGGAACUCUGAAGGAUUUGCAUUGCAACCUCAGUAUAAAAAUCAAAAAAACGGGCUGGGCUCCCGAAAACAAAAUAGUUUUUCAAGUCAUCAACAUCUCAAUAAUAUCAUUAAUAAUGUCAAGAAUAAUGGCGAAAAUAAUUCUACGAAUAAUGCCAUAUCCACAAGGCAACAUCAGCUAAUACCAAUCAACAUAACGCGAGAAUUAGAACGUUCAACAAGCAGAAUUUUAGAUUUCAAAAAUCCUCGCAUCGAAAAGAGAUCAUUACCGAAGACAAAAUCAUCAAUUUUUUUUCUUGAUAAUUCAGUAAAUAAAAUUUCGUCUUUGACAACAUCUCCGCCAUUGUCAUCAAAAACUUUUUUGAUGACUAAAAAAUUGGCGGAAAAGACAAUUGUUAAAUCAGAAAAUAUAAACUCUGAUAGCAACAUAAAUUUGACUUGUAAUUCCGUGGUAGGUAUGCAAUCGGAACCGAGUUCUGUUAGUGUCAAUAGUAUUAAUAACAAUAAUAGCGUAUCAGGAGGAGAAAAUAUAGCAACAAAAGCGAAAACCUCAGAUAAACAAAAAAUCAAUGCAGACAACAUUAAUAAUUAUAACGAGUCAAAUAAAUUAAUGCAUGAAAUGCUAGUGCCAAAAAAACGACCAAGUUUACGUAAAUCAAUGACAAUGAACCAAUUAUUCAGUAAAACAAUUGAGCAACAAAUACAGCAAGAACAAGAACAAUCAGAAUUUUCUGAGAAUUCUUCUCCAUUAUCAUUACCUUUAUCACAGAAUGCAACGCCAGUCUCGGAAGUCCAUAAAACUAAUAAUAGCUAUGGUGCUCUUAAAAGAUCAACUUCCCGCGCCAAGACUCAUGUUCGUUACAAAAGUGAUCGAACUGCGGAAAUAUCAACAAUCUAUUCUGAUCCAAGAAAACGUGAAAGUGUGCAUAGUGGGGUAGAUGCAAUAAAAUUUAUCGUUGGCGGUGAAUCAUCAUUAAAGAAAUCAGAAAAGUUAAUAUUGCGUGGAGGUAAAGACGGGUUGGAUGUACAAUAUCAAUUGGGAAAUUGCAUAGGAAAAGGACAAUUCGGAUCAGUUUAUCGAGCAUUGAAUUUGGGUGAUGGACAAAUGGUUGCAGUGAAGCGGAUAAAGCUAGAGGGUAAAAAGCAGGACGAAAUUGAUCAAUUAAUGCGAGAAGUAGAACUUUUACAGUCAUUAUCACACCCUAGCGUGGUUAAAUACGAGGAUCUUAUAAUGCAUGAUAAUCACAUUAAUAUUAUUUUAGAAUUCGCAGAGAAUGGAUCUUUAUUGCACACAUUGAAAGCAUUUGGAAAUUUCCCAGAGAGAUUAGUUGUCUCAUAUGUAGUGAAAAUAUUGGAAGGACUUGUCUAUCUCCAUGUCAAACAAGUGGUUCAUUGUGAUCUUAAGGCAGCAAAUAUUCUAACCACUAAAAACGGUAAUAUCAAAUUAUCAGAUUUCGGCGUAUCGCUAAAUUUGAAAAUGAUGGAAAACGUGAGUAACAACGAUGUGGCCGGAACCCCAAAUUGGAUGGCACCAGAAGUUAUCGAGUUAAAAGGCGCCUCGACAUCAUCAGAUAUUUGGUCGUUGGGAUGCACGAUAAUAGAACUAUUGACCGGAAAACCACCAUAUGCUGAUCUCCUUCCCAUGACAGCGUUAUUUCAUAUUGUGGAGGAUGAUUGUCCACCACUGCCGGAGAAUAUUUCUGAUGAUCUAAGGGAUUUUUUGAAACUGUGUUUUCGUAAAGAUCCCGCGUUACGUCCAUCAGCUCGAGAAUUGUUUCAUCAUCGUUGGAUUAAGAAUAAUUGGACAUUGAAAGAAUUACGGACACAAGAGAGCUUACCGUUUUUAAGGCCAAACGAUAAUGAUUUUCAUCGUAAUUUUAACACUAACAAUUAUCCACCAUCUCCGAUUGUUGGGAGUCCGCCUGUUUUUAUGGCCAGACCCAUUGUGCCACAUCGGUUUGUGAAGAUUUCUUUUAGUAAAGCUGUGGAAUGUCGUAUAUGUCACAAUCCCGUAAAGAAACACGCACGCUUUUGUGAAGAAUGCAACAUGGUGUGUCAUCAGAAAUGUUCACCGGAAGCUACAUCACCAUGUGAAUUCAGUAAUCGACAAAUAAUGCUUACUCAAGUUGGUUUGAUUGAUGAUAAUCUGCCUACUCGAUUUAAUAAUUUCACAAAUAACAUAUCAACAACAUCCACAUCAGAAUCCGAUCAUAAUAAUCAUGCAAUCGCCAUUCCUCUUCCAAAUUCACCACCACCAACACCACUAUCGGUUACAACUUCACUACCACCAUCAAAUACCAAAUCGCGUAACAAUCAUCCAUCAUCACCUACUCAUCGAUUCAAUAACAAAAAAACAAAGAAAGACGAUUCAGUGACAUCACAGAGUUCUGUGGCUGAUAGCCUUGAUUCUUCGUCAAGCUCUCGACCUGGAUCACCGAUGAUCAGCACCACAAAUAAUAAUUCCGUUUCAUCCACUGCGGUAAAUGCUUCUACGAACAAUAACAAUAACAUUAAUAAUGGAGGAAAAGGAAGCGGAAAGAGUCGAGCAAGCAGAUUGAUCAAGAAAAAAGGAGCCAAUGGAAAGGAUGAUGAUUGUAUUAUUAUGUAA